AUGUUAAAAGUCCAGCAGUAUGUAACAACCGACAGGAUACUCAAGAAAAAGCCAUAUACUUGUGACAUUUGCUAUAAACAGUUUGAAACUCCAUCAAAAUUAGCUAGACAUUAUCUGAUACAUACUGGUCAAAAGCCAUUUGAAUGUCAUGUAUGCCAUAAAACAUUUAGGCAGCUAGUCCACCUGGAGAGGCAUCAGUUAACCCAUGAUCUUCCUUUUAAGUGUAUUGUUUGUCAUAGAAACUUCAGAAACUUAAUCACUUUCUUAAAGCAUCAGCAGCUUCAUAAUGAAAAUUACCAGAAUGAUACCGAACAAGCAGAAAACUCUGUGAAUUCUGAGCAAGACAGGGACACUUGUGGCAUAUUUCGAUGUUCUGUUUGCUGGAAAUCUUUUACAACUGAAGAGAGGUGGAUGCUGCAUCAGUGCCUGAAGGCAGAUCCUCUACAUGGUGCCAGAAGGAGAAAGAAAACUCACGCUUGUGAAUCGUGUAACAAGACAUUUCCAUCAAGAUCUAAGCUAGAAAGACACUUCCUUAUUCACACUGGCCAGAAGCCUUUUAAGUGUUCUUCAUGUGGUAAAUCUUUCAGACAGUCAACGCACUUGAAAAUCCAUCAACUCACACACACAGAAGAAAGGCCUUUUCAAUGCUGCUUUUGUCAGAAGGGGUUUAAAAUACAGAGCAAACUCAUGAAGCACAAACAGCUCCAUUCCAGAAAUAAGACUUUCCCCAAUACUUUAUACAAAGCAAAGACUCUUAAAUAUCCCAGACCACAGAACCUUUUGGAAGGAAAGAGGAAUACUGUUGAGAAUGCUGACACUCAUGAGUCACAGGAGCAUGACCCACAUGAUGUUCACUUGAUUUAUAGUGUACCCUUUCAGUGCCCAGCAUGUGAGCAGUGUUUUGAAACGGAGCGUGUUCUAAAUUUGCACAAAUGUUCGUAUGUGAGAGAUGGCAAAAGUUCAAAUAAUGGUACAACGGCGUGCAGCCACACAAUCAGCAUGAAAAACAAGAUCCCGAUGAAGCUGAAGUGUACUGGAGGGAAGGCAACAGAUUUUGCUCUGACUGAUAGAAAAAAAAUAAAAUCGUGUCACUUUAAAAAUCCUGUCCUGGUUGCAGCUAGAGGUCAGCGCUGUGAUCAGCAAGCUUCCACUAAACCUUUCAAGGAUCGCCAUAGCAAGCUUCACAUGAACAAGGUACUUAGUAAUCGGAUGAAAAGAACGUUUGCUGUGCCAUUAUCGUGGCAAGAGCACCAGCAGCCUCACGACUUUGGAAUUAAUUUAAAAGGUAUGCUUACUGGUAAAAGCAUGUUAAACGUCGAUGAUUCACUGCAUAAUAAAGAUGACGCUUUUUAUGGUUCAUCAGGUGAUGGUUUCUUUGAUAAUCCAGAAGUACUUCACUGUGCUCUUUCAGCUCCUACUAAAAAUAUACAUGACAGACACAAAGUGUGUAAAUGUGACAGAUGUGAAAAAAUCUUUCCAUCUUCAUCCAAACUUCAAAGACAUUAUCUUAUACACACGGGACAGAAGCCCUUUGGCUGUAAUGUUUGUGGGAAGACAUUUAGACAGUCAGCUCACUUAAAAAGACAUCAGCUCACCCAUACUGAAGACAGACCCUAUAAAAGCCCUGUUUGCCAGGCAGAAUUUGAAAACCUGAACAAACUUUUCAAUCAUCAGGGAGAGCACAUUGAAUUUAAGUCUUCCCAGCCUGUGGGUUAUUCAGGUUAUUCUCAAACACCUUCACAGGCAUCUGGCUUUCAAGAAUUUGAGCUGAUACAGUCAAACCAAGCAGCUGAAAUCAAAGUUGAAACUGAAUUGGGGAACUUUGUUCUUGACAACAGCAGUAGAAACACACAGCCGUAUUUGUGUAGUAAAUUGUUGGAAACAGAGCAAAGAUGCUACAGCUAUUGGCAUGAUUUUUCUGAAGGUACUGAAAAAAGUGAAGUUAACAAAUUGUAUCAAUGCAGUAUCUGCUUUAAAACUUUUAAAUCACCUUCUAAGCUUGAAAGACAUUACCUAAUGCAUGCUGGACAGAAGCCAUUUGAAUGUUUAGUUUGUGGUAAAAAUUUCAGACAGGCCCCUCAUUUAAAAAGACAUCACCUUACUCACUUUAAAGAGCGCUUAAAGCUGAGUUCCACUGAGCAACAACCGGAGACUAUAUUGUGUUUAUCAAAACUAGAUAAUGUCCUAUGA